CCCUGUCUAUAUUUCCGAUGGUUGGAUACAUUCUGCAUGCUUCCAAAGGGAGCUGCCCACCAGUUUGGGAGCGUUAGAAGAGUUCAGGAGACCGUGCCUAUCAGCAGUUAUUAGAUAUCUAUGCAUUCCAGAACUAGUAUUUGCUACUACUGGAGGCUGAAAUGGUAUGACCGGAGCUUUAAAUAAUUCAGCUUUUUUUAGCUUCAUCAUUUUCUGAGAACUUGAGACAGAAUUUUGGGUUCUGCUUCUACGCUGCUCUAGGUUAUAAUGCCAUCCUUGCCUAAUGAGAGAGAUAACCAUAGAACUGCUCCCCUGGCUUUGACUUCGGGACUACCUUAUCAAAGCACAAUUAAAAGAAAAGUCAGAAAGAAGAAGAAUGGAGUCAUCACUGCCAAUGUUGCUGGCACAAAAUAUGAAAUUGUACGUGUAGUAAUACGAGAAAUGGGAUUUGUGAAAACACGUGAUGAAGAUGAAACAGCUAAUCUCAUAUGGAGUGAUUCUGCUGUGCAACAAGAAAAGAUUGCUGAGCUUCAGAACUAUCAGAGAAUAAACCAUUUUCCAGGAAUGGGAGAGAUCUGCAGAAAGGAUUUUCUGGCAAGAAACAUGACUAAGAUGAUCAAGAGUCAGCCUCAGGAGUAUAGUUUUAUUCCUCGAACAUGGAUCUUCCCUGCAGAAUACACACAGUUUCAGAACUACGUAAAAGAACUGAAGAAGAAACGUAGACAGAAAACUUUCAUAGUCAAACCAGCUAAUGGUGCAAUGGGACACGGGAUCUCUUUAAUAAGAAACGCAGAAAAGCUACAAGCUCAGGAUCACUUGAUUGUUCAGGAAUAUCUUGACAAGCCAUUUCUUAUGGAAGGCUACAAGUUUGAUUUACGUGUGUAUAUUCUUGUCACCUCCUGUGAUCCAUUAAAAGUAUUUUUAUAUCAUGAUGGACUAGUGAGAAUGGGCACAGAAAAGUAUCAUCCCCCCAGUGACUCAAAUUUGAGUCAGUUGUAUAUGCAUCUGACUAACUACUCUGUCAAUAAACAUAAUGAACACUUUGAACGGGAUGAAACAGAAGACAAAGGAAGCAAACGCUCCAUAAAAUGGUUUACUGAGUUUCUACAAACAAAUAAUCUUGAUGUCUCCAAGUUCUGGGAUGAUAUUUCAGAGUUAGUAGUGAAGACUCUCAUAGUUGCAGAGCCACAUGUUCUUCAUGCUUAUCGCAUGUGCAGGCCAGGGCAAGCACCAGGAAGUGACAGUGUCUGCUUUGAAGUCCUGGGAUUUGAUAUUCUGCUGGACAGAAAACUAAAACCAUGGCUCCUAGAGAUUAAUCGUGCCCCAAGCUUUGGAACUGAUCAAAAAAUAGACUAUGAUGUAAAGAAAGGCGUUCUGCUAAAUGCAUUAAAGCUUCUCAACAUACGGACAAGCGAUAAAAGGAAAAAUUUAGCUCAACAGAAGGCUGAGUCUCAAAAAAGACUGUAUGGUCAAGGUUCCAUGAAAAAACUGUCGCCAGGUUCCUCAGACUGGGAGAAGCAGCGUCACACACUGGAAAGGAGAAAAGAAGAACUGAAGGAAAGACUUGCACAAGUACGUAAACAGAUUUCCAAAGAGGAGCAUGAAAAUCGGCACAUGGGGAACUACAGGCGAAUUUACCCUCCUGAUGACAAGACAUUACUUGAAAAGUACGAGAGUUUAUUAGCUACUGCUUUCCAGACAUUUCUUGCUGGGAGAGCAGCUUCUCUUCAACGGGAAAUGAAUAACCCUUUAAAAAGAAUGAAGGAGGAGGACAUUUUGGAUCUUCUGGAGCAGUGUGAAAUAGAUGAUGAAAAGCUAAUGGAAAAAUGCACCAGGCAGCGAGGACCUAAGCCCCUGUAUUCAAUGCCAGAAAGCGCACAGCCCUUAAGGAAACUUAAGUACUACAAUAGUGAUAGUACUUGCGAUAGCAGUAGUAGUAUUUCAGAAUCAGCAGAAGAAACUGAAAAGGAAGAUCAAAAGGAAGAUCACAAUGAAAAAAAAGAGAAAAAGGUUUCAUAUGAUCUUGAAGAAAAUAAAUACAAAUCUUUGGAACGAUCAGGUAGAACGAACUGGAAACCUUCAAUUAAAAAUACAAAAUCUCUGUCAAAUUCAUCCCCUACGUCAUCCACAGGUCCAAUAAGACGUUCUGUAAGUUGCCCUCGUUCAAUAUCAAUAUUGACUAUGCAGUCACAGGCAGCUGAGCAACGUCCCUUUUCAGCCAAAACAUCUCUGCAAAUGCAGCGUGCAUCUUCAGUGAAUAGGUCUCAUUCUUUAAGUCGUAGCCCUACUUCGGCCAGGGUCUCUCAGACAUCCAGCGUGGGAACUAUGAACUCCUCAGGGAGUGAGUCUUUGCUGCAACAGAAAACGAAAGAGCAAGAAGUUGCUUUAACAAAAGAAACUCUUCUAAUUAUCAAUGACAUGAGAAUGAAGUUCCCAGGCAAAACAGAUGAAGAAUCAGAAUUCAUUAUAGAAGAUAUCAUGGAUAACUGGAAGUAUCACAAAACAAAAGUGGCAUCCUAUUGGUUGAUAAAACUGGAUUCUGUAAAACAACGAAAAAUUUUGGAUAUAGUCAAGACAAGUGUUCGUGCAGUUCUACAGCAUGUCUGGAAGGCUCCAGACAUUGAAAAUUUACAUCUUUACCGUCUCUUUAACCGUGUAUUUAAUCGCUUACUUUGGAGCCAUGGUCAAGGUCUAUGGAACUGUUUCUGUAAUUCAGGGAACUCUUGGGAAACCAUACUGAGUAAAAGCACAGAGGUGGUGACUCCUGUGCAACUCCAGUGUUGCCAACGAAUAGUACAGCUUUGUAAACACUGCCUGCUGGUGGUUUACAAAUAUUCAUCAGACUCAAGAGGAUCUCCAACUGGGAAUAGCCUCCACUGGGAUGAUAGAAGGUGUUUAUUACCAGGACCUUCACUGUUCAUCAUGAAAUCAUCCUCGUCCAACAUUAGCUGCAGUUCAUCUGGAAUGUCUCGCCCUAACAUUUUGUUGACACACAGAUACAGUCACUUGUGAAGCAUAAGGAAAGUUGCUGUUCUUUGUAAUAAUGGCACUCCUUUUUAUUUGAUUUUCUUUUUCCUUUCAAAUUCAAAUUUGUGAUGGAGCUAAACAUAAGCACUGUUACAUGCUUACUACCAUAUUAUGAUAACAUUUAGCUGAAACCUACUGUAAAGGCAUAGCUUUCUUGGAAAGAUAAUAAACCUUGUUAAGCUGUUUACACACACGUGAAUGUGUAGAUCUUGCUAAGUUUAUAAGUAAUUACUUCCUACUAGAAAUGUUAUUUUUGCUGCAGAAUAUAUAAAAUAGAGUUCAAUAUUAUAGUGUUAUUUUGUAAGUACAAUACAUUGACUUGAAUAUUAUUUAUUGUAAAGCAUAAUAUUUAUUGUCUCAAAUGUAACUGAUCCUUUAACAAGGCAAAUGAUUAAAAAAAUGUAGUAGAACAGUAAAACUGUAAAAAUCAGUGAAAAGAAUAUGCUAAUUUAUUGGACAUGUUUAAAAUAAUCCCCAAAACUCUGUAAACCAAACUUAAAGCAGGCAUAUUUUUAUUUCUCCUCUGAAAUUACAAAAUCUAUUUAAUGCUGCUAUUUUUUGUAAGGGACCUGGUAUAGUAUCUUUUAGCCAAAGUGAAGACAUCUAGUACACAAACAGAAAAAAAUACGUUUAGGCAUUCAGUUUCUAAUCGGAUUCUUGUAAUAGAAUGGAAGCCAGUGUUUGUUACCAGGUUUUCAUUCACAUUACCUAUGUCCUGUGCCUUUAAGUUUCCUUUGGGAGCAAGAAGUCAUGUUCAACUUGCACAAGCAUGCAUAGUGCAUAGUUUUUCUGUUUUACUGCACAAAUGGUAAAGCAGACACUUUUAGGAAAUACUGCAGCUAUAAUGUGUUAUUUCAACCUUAAACUUACUGGUUUGUUGUAGUUUUUUCAGUACAUACUGUAGAAUGUAUCCUUGCAAUGGACACUAUUUUCUAGAUUUCUGACACCUUUACAUGCCAGAAUUCUAAUUCAUUAGAAAGCUCUCAUUCAGAUUCAGUGUCCUGGGCCUGGCUGAAAGGCACAAAAAGAAAACAAGCCAGAGCAGGAACCUAGUAUUUGCUCUAACAAGAUUUGUAACUGAAAACAUCAUUCAGGUUUUUGCUACAUACAACAACUCAUCCCACUCAAUAUUAUGCCAUGAGCCUUAUUCACUAUAGAAAUACUCAUUAAAAAAAAAAAUCAGUUAAACUAGAUCUAAAAAUGGAUUAAGGUUUUUAACUGAGUAAAGGACAGAGUAGUUAUUAUUUACCAAAGACUUGUUUACUUACCAAUCAUAUAACCCUGAAACAUGUUUAUAAAUUAUCAAUAUAUUUCAGGUAUCCUCAGGAGCAAGUAUGUUAGAGGUUUUUGAUAUCCAGAGAUUUAAGACAAAUUUAAGAGACUUGAGAUGUGAGACUGAAGUUGUCUGGAAAAGAUUUUUUUUUAAACUUUAGUCAUUGAAUAUAUAAAACUGGGAAUUUGGGUGAGAUUUCUGAUGCCUGUGCUGUAGUGCCUCAGCUCUAGAACUGCAGGAUGUAUGAUAAUGAAACUAUUUGUAAACAAUUAAAAAAAACCACUUGAGAUUAGACAGGUAUAAGCAGUCUUAUGGUCUGGUAAAUACUUCUUCAGUUUUGUGGUAAUACUGGUUUAGUAGUAUAGUACGUUCACAAUAAUUGAAUAACUUUUUUGGUCCAUACAGCAGUGACUGAUAAAGCAUACUAUGGUUAUCUGUAAGACCUAAUAAAAACUGUAAAUUCUCUCUUGGGACAGACACUCACUGCAUUCUGCUUUUGGUCACAAGCAUAAACCCAGCUUCCAGCUUAGCUUGUCAGACUCAAACAGGGCCUUAGGAGAGUAGGUUCACAUGCUUCCCCCCCCUCCCCCAAUUACAUUAUGAUCUCUAUUCUCAGAAGCCAGUGCAGGGACAGUCAAUUUGCAUAGAAUACUCUGCCAGCCGAAAGAGGGCUACUACCCAUACCUAUAUGUAUGGACAGAUCUAGAAAAGAAAAAAUACAUUUAGUGUGUACAAAAUUGGACCAGAUGUUUGUUUGCAUCUGGCAUUACUUACUCUAUUCAUAUUUCUAAUAACCUUUCCUAAAGUGGUACUGUGUUCCUAAUAAUGUGUGAAUCAAUACUUCCAAUAAAUGUAAUGCUACACUUUCCUGCCA